UCCUUCCACUGUUUCCAUACCCACACAAUGGCCAGUGAAAGGUGCCAUGAGACAUCAGUAGUUAUCAGACACAGAGAGAGAAUAAAAGCAACAGGAACUUCAUUGCAGGAGCACAGGAUGCCACUCUCCAAUCUAGACUUCUUGCUGCCACCGGUAGACGUUGGGGUCUUCUUUGUCUAUCGAAACCGUGAACAUCAGUUGAGGUCAUCAUCAAAGUUCGACACUCUAAAGACAUCAUUGAGUGAAGCACUGGCAACCUAUUAUCCGCUUGCUGGUGUCAUCACGGAGAACCUCAGAGGGGAGCCAGAGUUACUCUGCAACAAUAGCGGGGUGGACUUUCUUGAAGCUUACUUUGAGCGAGGGAUAGCUGAACUAGAUCUAUAUAAUCCUGAAGAAUGCCUCGAAGGAAAGCUGGUGCCGCGAAAGGAUGAAGGAGUGUUCUGCAUCCAAGCCACAGAACUCAAAUGCGGGGGUCUGGUGAUCGCUUGUGUGUUUGACCACAGGAUCGCUGAUGCCUACUCUAUCAACAUGUUCUUACUUGGUUGGUCUCAGCUUGCCUGUUCUAAGCCGAUCUCUAUUAUCCCAUGCUUUUACUGUUUUCCUCAUCAAUUACAUUAUGCUAGCCUCUGCAAUUCCUCUAUUACCAAUCUUUAUGUCCCCGCCUCUUCACUCUCUCUAUCAAAUAAUUGCAGCCUCACCAGCCGUAUAUACCAUGUUUCUCUCGAACACAUCAACCGCCUCCAAAUUCUCUCUAAAGCCACCACCAAACUACAAGCCUUCAGUGCAUUUCUCUGGCAAACAAUCGCCAAGGGUAUGAAAUGCAACCCUGAAAAUUUCUGCAAGAUGGCUAUUGUGGUUGACGGGCGGUCAAGACUUAAUCAUGACAUGUCUACUUAUUUUGGGAAUUUACUAGGAGUAGUUUUUAGAAAGCACACAGCCAAAGAUUUAAGCUCGAUGAAAUUAAGUGAGGUUGUGGGCAUAGUCGAAGAAAUGAUAAAGGAAGGCACAAAGGAGGAACACUUUUUGGAGUUAGACAACAUGAUAGGCAAACAAAGUAUAAAAGGAGUCCGAUCAAGGAUAUACUCGGAAGAGGAAAGCGAUGGAGCGGCAUUUAUAGUGUCAUCAGGAAGAAAGUUUCCGAUGUCAGAAGUAGAUUUUGGAUGGGGUCAGCCAAAUUUUGGAUCAUAUCACUUCGGCUGGGGUGGGAAAGUUGGCCAUAUUAUGCCAAUACCAAGCACUAGUUGUGAAGAGGAGUGGGUAGUUUGUGCAAGGCUAAUGGAAUGGCAGGUGGUGGCGCUGGAGACGUACGGUGAGGGUAUAUUUCGGUCUCUCACAUCUGGCCAUCUCAUGCUGUUUAGUGACUCUGCUGAAGAAUGAACAUACCUGAUGUCCAGUGCAAAUCUAAAACUGUUUGUUUGUAUGUCCAUUAGAUAUCCUAUUGAUCCAAAAUAAGCCGUUCGGGAGUUAGCGUCUUCUUAUUCUGUAUGAUCAAACCAGCUUUAGUUUCUUCUUAUUCUUGUAUGAUCAAACCAGCUUUUACAUUUAGGCUUAAAUGCUACCUAGCGUGUGGAUCGAUAACUUAAAAUUCAAAUGGCAAUUGGGCAUAUAAAGAUCAGAUCUCGUGAUAUUCCAACACUUGUAUAUUCUCUGUUAGAUCUGAUACUUUUCUUUCUUUUCUUCAACAUGUGGAGAGUUCUAACUUUGACUAUAGAAUUUGCGAAGUGCAAGAAGUCUUUAGUUUGGACCACUAACUGACAAUGAUGGGCCAUUAGCUCUACAAAUGAGUAAAACCAACGUGAAACGAGAGCGACAGAAUCCUGUCUUAUGAUUGGGGACAUGCCCCAGCUCAACAGAAGCAGAAUGGCGAAACUAGGAACGCGGCACCCGGAUGAAGAACAAGGAAAUACACAGAUACAGAUAAUUAUGGAGUUGGCUCUCAAGCCUACAUUCACGAGACAAGAGGAAAUGGUUUCAAUAGGAUCAAUAUGACAGAAAAUGGAGGAUUUAAGGUAGUGUCUCUAACACUUGAAAUCUGACCUUUUUGAAACCCCACAAUAACAGACGUUUCCACCCUCUGGGAAACCAUUGAGUAUAACAAGUUUCACAAAUGAAUUCCCCAAUAUCCUACGUUCACAUGAAGCAGACAUAUAUUGCAUUCAAGUUUUGUAAGUUUAAAUUCUA